GUUGAAGUGGAAGGAAUUCAAAUGGAAAGGGUUUUCUCCGUCGAAGAAAUCUCCGGCGAGACUUGGCCGCCGGCGCCUGCCAUGGAGACGGCGGAUGCGGUCUUAGGAGAUUCCGAUGGAACGGAGAGGAUGAACCGUAGCGCCUCUGAAUGGGCAUUUCAGCGGUUCAUCCUAGAAUCCUCCUUUUCCUCCUCUGCUGCCGAUGCUGGUGCCGGAGAAAUUACGGAGAAUUUCGGUACCUCCGCCGUAGGAUAUUCUUAUCAGAGUGUUCCGGUUGAUUCGGAGGAGUAUCGGGCUUACCUGAAGAGCAAACUCAAUUUAGCUUGCGCUGCUGUAGCCAUGAAAAGGGCAUCUUUCACGAAACCUCAGGAAACCCCUGGAGGAGCCGACAGUGGAGCACAGGCUUCCAGUGCAUCACAACAAUCAUAUCCUGAUCCUUCCAAAGCUACACCAAAGAAACCUAGUGCUCCUGUCAAGUCUAUAACAAGUGGAUCUGAGCUCUCUGGUGACGAAGAAGCUGAUGGUGAAACAGAAACACCUGGCAAUAUAGGCUCCCGCGAUGCUAAACGUGUGAGAAGGAUGCUGUCGAACAGGGAGUCUGCUAGAAGAUCCAGGAGAAGAAAGCAGGCACACUUGACGGAGCUAGAGACACAAGUAUCUCAGCUGCGUGCAGAGAAUGCUACUCUCUUGAAAAGUUUCACUGAUAUAACCCAGUCUUCUAAUAACGCUGCUGUGGAGAACAGAAUUUUGAAAGCUAAUGUUGAAACUUUACGAGCUAAGGUGAAAAUGGCCGAGGAGACAGUGAAGAGAAUCACAGGCUUAAACUCUAUGUUACACGCCAUGCCGGAUGUUUCCAUGGUAUCUGUUCCGUCUUUCAAUGGCAUUCCCUCCGAGACAUCCACGGAAGCAGUGCAAGAUGACCCCAAGAGCCACAUUUUCCAGGCUUCCCCCAACAAUUCUCUGGCCACAAGUAACACCAACACAGAGAAUGCGGCCGAGAUUGCUUCGGCCACAAGCAAGGCCUUGACCGGGUGCAAGAUGGGGAGAACAGCUUCACUCCAUAGAGUUUCCAGUUUGGAGCAUCUGCAGAAACGUAUUCGCAGCACCAUAACGUCCCCGUUUCAAGAAGGCUUGAAACCCUAGGCAGGGGAGAGAUUCAGACUCUGUCUGGAGGUUAAACUUGACAAUUUUUAACGUGUUCGUGCUAAAGUUCUUCAUUCUUUAUUUAUGUUAGGCAAUGCUACUAUGACAUAAUUCCUCUAGCUUCUUGUCUUUCUUCUCCUCCCAGCAUUGUAUACAUCACA